UUUGCGCUGGUGAUGUCACAGUGUUGGGGGAGGGGUGUACAAUCGUCUGUGAGAAUAUUUCCCUCUGACAAAGGCAAAUGCAAGCCGGUGCCGAUUAAUAGGAAAUCCGUUACAUGGGGAAUAUAAUAGCUCAUAGGUGUCAACUUUUGGGAUCCGUGCGCCGUGUGUGAAGCGAUCGGUCUUUACGCACAGUGUGGGUUAUUGUGAUAAGGAUGGUGCGGACCGGAGGUUGAAGGGAACACCGUGGAGCCUUUACAACGUUGAGCCCAAGUUGAGAGAAUGAGUUCAGGGGUCAACUGCUGAGCCAGCGGUGGAGCAGGGGAGAGACAAUCAGCAAGUGGGAGAAACGGAGCCUAAGAAUAAAGAUGAGCCAAGACGUCACAGAAACAAGAACAAGGACCCGGUCCAAAGGGGUCAGAGUACCACUUGAAGUCGUCGGGCAGGAAAUACGCCAGGAAUUAAGUAACAGCUGUCCAACGCCAGGAUGCAACGGCAAGGGGCACGUCAGCGGCAGGUACUCGCGGCACAGAAGCGUACUGGGAUGUCCAAUCGUGAAGAAGAGGAAGAUGGAGGAGGCAGAGGCAGAAGAGAACCAGGCCAGCCCCAAGAAAAGGAGCCAGCCGCUGAAGCUAGUCAUGGACGAGGGCUUCAACGCGGAGAGCGACGCCGGCAGCGAGCCCGAGGAGAAGGAGGAGGUGUUGGAGGAGGAGGAAGAGGAGCAGAAGGACAAGAAGUCGAACAAAAUGAAACGGUCGAUCGAAGAGUCGAUGAAAGAGGACAGCAAAACGCCGUCGAUGUCUGAGUGCACCUCCUCCCCUGGAGAGGAGCACCAGAGCGAGGACCUCCUCACGGAGUCAGCCCCCGCCGCCGCCGCCCAGGAGGAGGUCCCCGCUAAAGACAGCGCCCAGGAGGAGGUGGCCCAGGCGCGGGAGGAGUCCGUCCCAGAGCUCCAGGCCGUCCCAGAGCUCCAGGCCGUCCCAGAGCCGCAGGAGGAGCAGGAGGAAGAGUGGCAGGAGCAGGCGGUGGAGGAGGAGGAGGAGAAACAGGAAACGGAAGACAACCCCCCUCACGUCGGGCCACUGGUUCAGAUGAGCACGGGGGAGCAUACGAAAGAGGAAGAGGAGGAGGAGGAGGAGGAGGAGACGAAGGAGGCGGCGAGCGAAGGCAUGGAGGAGGUGGAGAGGCACUUUGUGAGCCAGGAGAACUCGGACCACCAGUACUCCAGUGGUAACUACAAACAGCCUCCGGCCCCCGAACCAGAGGAGAAGGAGGAGGUGCAGGAGAGGAAGGAGGAGGAGGAGGAGGAGGAGGAGGAAGAGGAGGAGGAGGUGGAAGAGGAGAGGGAGAAAGAGGUGGAGGUGGAGGUGGCGGAGCAGAAGGAGACAAUUGAAGAGGCCGAAGCUCCACGACCGUUGAGUCCACCAACUCAGGGAAUCACCGCUGCAGAGGAGGAGGAGGAGGAGGAGGAGGAAGAGGAGGAGGAAGAGGAGGAGGAGGAGGAGGAGGUACUCAGGGAGGAAAGGGUGCUCAGCCCCUCGACACAGGAGGAAGAGGAGCAGGUAGCAGGCGAGGAGGAAGAGGAAGAGGAGGAGCAAGACGAGGAGGAGGAGGAGGAAGAGGAGAGAGAGGAGGAACUGAUGCAGCACAAGGACGCCCGCAACGUGGUAGAACAGGAAGAGGAGGAGGAAGAGGAGGAGGAGGAGGAAGAGGAGGAGGAGGAAGAGGAGGAGGAGCGACACUCACACAAAGCCUCCCCCACCACCGUGCUCAUAGAGGUCCGCUCCGACGCCGACGAUGACGAGGACGAGAUCGAGGCGGAGGCGGGAGCGGAGGAGGACGAGGAGGAGGAAGAGGAGGAGGAAGAGGAGGAGGAGGAAGAGGAGGACCACGUGUCGGACGGCUCGGGGGUGACGGACGACUCGGAGAACUGGGACAUGACGCGGGGGAACCUGGGGCUCCUGGAGCAGGCCAUCGCCAUGAAGGCCGGGGAGGUGCGGGCGCCCCAGGAGGGCGGCAGCUCCCCGGACUACCAGCCGCACCACAGCCCCUCCCAGAGGACCUCCAGCAACGCCUCCGACCAGCUGGGGGCCGCUCGCCGCGCUGGGGCCACCAGCAAGGACAAGAAGGAGGUCAAGUGCCCCACCCCAGGGUGCGACGGGACGGGCCACGUCACCGGCCUGUACCCCCACCACCGGAGCCUGUCCGGCUGCCCCCACAAGGACCGCAUCCCCCCCGAGAUCCUGGCCAUGCAUGAGAACGUGCUCAAGUGUCCCACUCCAGGAUGCACGGGCCAGGGUCACGUGAACAGCAACCGCAACACACAUCGCAGUCUGUCGGGCUGUCCGAUCGCAGCGGCCUCCAAGCUGAACAAGACCCACGAGAAGCCGGUCCUGAGCCAGGCCUCACCCAGCGAAGCCUCCACCACCGCCAACUCGGACCGCGUGCUCAGGCCCAUGUGCUUCGUGAAGCAGCUGGAGAUCCCCCAGUACGGCAGCUACCGACCCAACAUGGUGCCGGCCACGCCCCGCGCCAACCUGGCCAAGGAGCUGGAGAAGUACUCCAAGGUGUCCUUCGACUACGCCAGCUUCGACGUGCAGGUGUUCGGGAAGCCCAUGCUGGUCCCCAAGAUGCCCGGCUCCGGAGAGUCGUCACCCAAAGCCUUUAAAUCCAAGCCGUUCCCGAAGGCCUCCUCCCCCAGCCACAGCCUGUCCGGCGGCUACGCUAAGAGCGCCUCCUCGGCCUCCUCGUCCUCCAGCGGCUACGACUACAGCCACGACGCCGAGGCCGCGCACAUGGCCGCCACCGCCAUCCUCAACCUGUCCACGCGCUGCUGGGAGCGGCCCGAGAACCUCAGCAACAAGACGCCCACGGAGAACGACAGCAACGACGGCAAGACUGAGCGUCCCACCCUGACCCCCCAGGAGACGGACAUCGAGGUGGACGAGAACGGCACCCUGGACCUGAGCAUGAAGAAGGCCAAGAAGGAGGGCGGGCAGUCGCCCCACCCUUCCUCCUCCCCCUCCACCUCCUCCCACUCCUCCCAGCACCUCAGGGACUCCGCCGCCCAGGGCAACGCCCAGGUGGAGUGGGAGGAGCCUCUGGACUUCACCAAGCCCAGCGGCGCCAAGGAGGAUGAGCCAGACGAGAUGGAGUACGCGCCACCCUCUUACACGUCUUCGGACGGGGAGGAAGAGGACCGGGACAGUCUGAGGGAGAGGAAGUACCCCGGGGAGGUCACCACCGGCACCUACAAGGUCAAGGCGUCCCCAAAGGACAGCAAGAAGGAGGUCCUCAUAUGCCCCACACCAGGCUGUGACGGUAGUGGACACAUUACAGGGAACUACGCCUCACACCGUAGUCUGUCUGGCUGUCCACUCGCCGAUAAAUCUCUUCGGACCCUCAUGGCGGCCCACACUGCUGAACUGAAGUGUCCGACGCAGGGGUGCGAUGGAUCAGGACACAUCACGGGGAACUAUGCCUCCCACAGAAGUCUGUCCGGAUGCCCGCGUGCCAAGAAAGGAGGCCUGAAGACCACGCCCACCAAGGAUGACAAGGACGACUCUGAGCUGCUGAGCAAUGUCCCCCCCAGGUGCCCCGUGCCCGGCUGCGACAGCCUGGGCCACAUCAGCGGGAAGUACGCCACGCACCGCAGCGCCUACGGCUGCCCGCUGGCGGCGCGGCGCCAGAAGGAGGGGCUCCUGAACGGGGCCCCCUUCUCCUGGAAGGCCUUCAAGACCGAGGGCCCCACCUGCCCCACGCCCGGCUGCGACGGCUCGGGACACGCCAACGGCAGCUUCCUCACCCACCGCAGUCUCUCAGGUUGCCCCAGAGCGUCGGCGAACAAGAAGAGGACCAAGUUCCCCGGAGACGAGUACAUCACGGCUAAAUUCAGAGCCAGCGAUGUUCUGGACAACGACGAGGAUAUCAAGCAGCUCAACAAGGAGAUCAACGACCUGAGUGAUUCCAACUCGGAGAUGGAGGCGGACAUGAUGAACAUGCACGACCAGAUCUCGUCCAUGGAGAAGAACCUGCAGAGCAUGGAGGAGGAGAACGAGCAGAUCGAGGAGAGGAACGAGACCCUGUUCAUGGAGCUGUCGGGUCUCAGCCAGGUGCUGAUCCGAAGCCUGGCCAACAUCCGUCUGCCCAGCAUGCAGGAGCCGCUGUCCGAGCAGAACUUCGACAGUUACGUGGACACGCUGACGCACAUGUUUACCAACAAGGACUGCUACCAGAACCCAGAGAACCGGGCGCUGCUGGAGUCCAUCAACCAGGCGGUGAAGGGCAUCGAGGUUUAACAGGCUAGAAGAAAAAAAAUAAAGGGCGGGAAAAUCAAAAAUGCUAAGCUAAAAUGCUAAUAUGCUAAGCUACGAUAAAAUGAGGGAAAGACUGUAAGAAAAAGAGAGGAGACAGGCACUGCGGUUGGGUAGGCAUGCCACAUACAUUCAUCUCUUUUUUGUUUGCUCUUUUUGAAAGACUUAAUUUAUUAUCAUUUGGGAAGCGAAAAAGUUGUUGUGGUGUUCGUUGUCAUUUGUUUCCUGUUUGCAUGUUGAUUUGUGACGAGACGAGUGCAAGUAUGUAAAAGUGUAAAAGGGUGAGUUUGGGUGUAAUUGUGCAUGCUGGCACACGCGAUCUUCAUAAAAGUGUUCAUGUGAGCUGCAGCGUAUGGAAAGCGAUGGGUACGAAGAAUAAGUACAGAACAAAAAGUCGUAUUCUGUUAGCUAGUGAACAUAUCUCAUUCACUUUAGUAAUGUUGAUGAUGGUAGUGAUGUUUGCACUUGAACCACUAGUGUGUAGAAGGAUUCUACUAUUGCUGUUAUCUAUUUGAGUCCGUUGGGGAAAAAAGUCUUGUUUUUAUGAAUAUACGUUAUUUAUUCAUGUAUGCUUUUUGUUUUAAUUUAAGCCUAUUUAUUAUUCAUUAUCUAUUUAUUGACUUUUUAUUUAAAAAAAAAAAACGAUGCUUAAGAUGUUUUUAAAUGGCCGCUAAGAGAAGGAGGUUGUUUCCUCUGUUUUGUUGAAUAAAGAGGAAAUAUUUUAAGAUAUCAACUAUUAAUUAUUUUAUAUAGCUUAUUAUUUAUUUGAAAUACUGGGAUCUUUUUAAGUGCAAAUAUUUUGUAAUGAACGAUUUUUGAUAAUUUUCUAAAGAGUUUUCGUUUAUAUGAUUUUUGUUUUUAAUUCCUUAAACUAUUUCGACACCCGUAAUGAAUUGGGAACUAUCUGUGUUAUAUAUUUAAUAUUUAUUUGGUGAUGAUGAAGAACAAAUUGAUGGUGUAUAUUUAUUUUGUAUUGUCUAUGUGUUAAUGAUGACUGUGUGUGGAUUUGUCUUUCAUUUGCUCUGAAAAUAAAGGAAUAAUGACAGUGAAA